AUGUCUCCCGGCCAUGCCGCGCUGGAGGCCCACUGCCCGGUGCGCGUGCGUGGCGCCGACGCGUCGUGCACCUCUGCCAAGACGCGCGUCGUGGUGCUGGGCAGCGGCUGGGGCGCCAUCUCCUUCAUCAAGAACCUGGACCCUGCCGCCUUUGGAGAGGACGGCCCGUACGAGCUGGUGCUGGUGUCCCCAAGAAAUUACAUGGUGUACACGCCCCUGCUGCCAAGCGCCAUGGGCGGCGUGGUGUCUGAGACCAGCAUCGUCGAGUCGGUGCGCAACCUGAUGAGCGGCAAGGGCACCUACUACGAGGCCCGCACCACCGACAUCGACCCCGCCAGCCGCACCCUGACCUGCGUCAAGGAGUUUUGCGAGGUGUGCGCGGCACGCAAGGGCCCCAGCGAGCACACCGAGGCCGACCACACUUUCACGCUGCAGUACGACAUCCUGCUCUGCUCGGUGGGCGCGGUCAACGCCACCUUUGGCAUCCAGGGCGUGCAGCAGCACUGCUGGUUCCUCAAGUCCAUGGAGGAUGCCAAGAAGCUGCGCAGACACGCCAGCAAGUCGCUGGAGCAUGCGGCGCUGCCCCAUGUGUCGCCCGAGGAGCGCAGGAGGCUGCUGAGCUUCGUGGUGGUAGGCGGCGGCCCCACGGGCGUGGAGGUGGCGGCGGAGCUGCGGGACCUGGUGGAGGAGGAUGUGACGCGCCAGAUGCCGCACAUCAAGGUGGGCGCAGGCAGCCCUGGGGCAGCAGCAGCCCUGCCGCAAGCAGCAGCAGCCCUGGUGACCGAAGUGCAUGAGGGCGAGGUGGAGGUGGAGCACAAGGACGGCGCCAAGGAGCGCGUCCCCUUUGGCACCUGCAUCUGGGCCACAGGCAUCGCCAUGCACCCGCUGGUGGCCGCUCUCAAGGCCAAGCUGCCGCCCGAGCUGCAGGACUCGCGCAGGGGCCUGGUGGUGGACAGCCACCUGCGCGUGCUGGGCACCCAGGGCACCAUCUUCUGCCUGGGGGACGCCGCCGUCACGGCGGCCAGCCCCCAGGCCGCGCUGCCGCCCACCGCCCAGGUGGCGCGCCAGGAGGGCGAGUAUCUGGCCCGCCUGCUGUCGGGCGCCAAGCUCGGGCUGGUGCCCGAGGCGGAGGCGGAGGCGGCCGGCGGCGGCGGCGAGCUGGUGCCGCUGCCAGAGGCGGCCAAGCCCUUCCGCUACAUGCACCUGGGAUCGCUGGCCUACCUGUGGGGGCAGAAGGGAGUGAUGGACCUGCCGUUCAAGCUGCCCUUCCUCAAGACCCUGCGUGGCUACCUGGGCGGCCACACCUGGCGCGGCCUGGAGACGUGGAUGCAGGUGUCCAACCGCACCCGCUGGCUGGUUGCGCACGACUGGUUCCGCACCGCCGUGUUUGGGCGCAACACCAGCGACGUCUAG